AUGAGCCCCACUAAAGCUGAAAAGUGCAUGGUGGAUCUGGUCACGCUAUUUCAUAAAUACGUCAAAACUGAUGAUGCAAUUGACAAGACCAACCUGAACCUGUUGAUGAAGGAGAACUUCCCCAACUUCCUCAGUGCCUGUGACAAGAGUGGCAAAGAUUACUUGGCCAAUCUCUUUGAGAAAAAGGACAAGGAUGGGGAUAAGAAGAUCCAGUUUUCUGAGUUUCUGUCCACACUGGGAGACAUAGCUACAGACUAUCAUGAGCAAAGCCACGGAGCAAAGCCCUGUGCUGGGGGCAACCAGUGA